AUAUCAGUCUCUCGGAGGCGCUGGAGCUGCCAUGGCCUGGAUAUCGUGGCAUGAGUCGCAAGCUCAGGCGUGGUGGCAAGGUUAUAGAGCAUGUCAGGCACAGUUUAUUGCUCCCCUUCAUCCCAACUCAGACGCCCAACAAGCGCCGCUGGCCUCCACCCUCGCCUUUGCACAGUCUCCAUUGCGCUCUGACCCCUCUACGCCAGAGGUCUAUGCACCCGAGACUGCAUGCUGCAGCGACCCACCGAACUUGCCCAUUCCAUCCAACGACGAGGAUGCACUCGAGGAAGACAUCGUGGACUACGCGUACGCAUGCUCCUCACGGCACCUACUUUCCGACUACCCCGACGAUGUCUAUCCCUCGCCGCCGCAGGACCAUGAAAGCGACGAAUGGACCUCGUCAAGUGCCUCGUCCUCUAGUAGCGACUCGAUGGCUUCUUGUGCAGACGACCUCGACAACUCCCUGCCUGCAUGGUCGGAAUACGUUGAAGCGGACUGUCCUGGCGCCCUUGAUCUAGCAGACGACCCCAUUCCCGCCGCCUUGCGCGCGCGUCACAGCUUCAGCGACGUGAAGCUUGGCCCAACAGGCCGAUAUACCUUGCAAGCCAGGAAGACGUUGCCGCUAUACGCUGAGGAGCAGCGAGUUCCUAUAGAGAUAUAGACAUCAAGGAAUGUUGCACAUCACCACGUACUAUUUCAUGGCAAUCUCGGACAUCUCCAUCGUGUAAAUACGAGUACUUUCUAUUGCUAUGUUGCUGCUAUGGUGUAAUCAC